GCCUGGGUCUCACCUCGCCAUGGCUCGUCUGCGUCUGCAGUGUGUCCUCUGGGGCUGCUUGCUGACCGCCGUCCACCCGGAACUACACAGUGCAUGCACAGGACAAAAGUACCUACUAAACAGUCACUGCUGUUCUUUGUGCCGGCCAGGAGAGAAACUUGUGGAUGAGUGCACAGAUGUCAUCGACACAAAAUGCCGGCCUUGCAGUAACGGCGAAUUCCUAGACACCUGGAACAGAGAGAGAUACUGCUACCAGCACAAACACUGCGACCACAAUCUAGGGCUUCGGGUGCAGAGGCAGGGCACCUCCGUAACAGACACCACCUGCACCUGUGAAGAAGGCCUGCACUGCACCAGCGAGGCCUGCGAGAGUUGCGCCCCGCACAGCUCGUGCUCCCCUGGCUUUGGCGUCAAGCGGAUCGGUACAGGCAUUUCUGACACCGUCUGCGAACCCUGCGCAGUCGGCUUCUUCUCCAACGUGUCGUCUGCUUUCGAGGAGUGUCACCGCUGGACAAGGUGUGAGACCCAAAACCUGAUAGAGCUACAGGCAGGAACUGACAAGGCUGAUACUGUUUGUGGUCCCUGGGAACGGCCGAGAGCCUGGGUGUUGAUCCCCAUCACGCUGGGGAUCCUGUGUGCCAUCGUCCUCUUGGUGUCUGUCUACAUCAGAAAGGUGGUCAAGAAGCCAAAGGUUAAGGCCCUUCACCCCGAGGCUGUGUUGCAGGAUCCCCAGGAGACAGUUUAUCUGGAGGAUCAUGCUGGCCCCAACCCUGCCACUCCAGUGCAAGAAACCCUGCACGGGUGCCAGCCCGUCACCCAGGAGGAUGGCAAAGAAAGCCGAAUCUCAGUUCAGGAGAGACAGUGAGCUGUGCGUGCCCAGGGGCGUGGCAGCAUGGGCACCCUGCCAGAGAGCCUGGGGCUGCCAUGGUGCAAG